AGAGCGCUCAGCCAUCCAGGAGGAGAAGACGGAGAGGCAGCUGGAAACGUGAGAGAGGACAGAGGGGGACAAAUCAGGAGAGGAGAGGUAACAAUGACGAUUGUUCUUGGAUUCGAAGGCAGUGCCAACAAAAUAGGUGUGGGGAUCAUUCAGGAUGGAAAAGUCCUAAGCAAUCCACGAAGGACCUACAUAACUCCGCCAGGGCAGGGUUUCAUGCCCAGUGAUACCGCUCGUCACCACCGCUCCUGUAUAUUGGAUGUGCUGCACGAGGCUCUAGAGCAGGCUCAGUUACAGCCAAAGGACAUAGACUGCGUGGCUUAUACAAAAGGACCUGGAAUGGGAGCUCCCUUGUUGUCAGUAGCAAUAGUGGCACGUACUGUAGCUCAGCUGUGGAAGAAGCCUCUGCUGGGGGUGAAUCAUUGCAUUGGCCACAUAGAGAUGGGGCGACUGAUUACUGGUGCUGAAAAUCCCACUGUGCUGUAUGUGAGUGGAGGCAAUACACAGGUCAUUGCAUACUCUGAACGGCGGUAUCGAAUAUUCGGCGAGACGAUAGACAUUGCUGUAGGAAAUUGUUUGGAUCGUUUUGCCAGAGUACUAAAGAUCUCUAAUGACCCCAGCCCUGGUUAUAACAUUGAGCAGAUGGCUAAGAAGGGCAAAAAGUUUGUGGAAUUACCGUACACUGUAAAAGGGAUGGACGUGUCCUUUUCCGGUAUUCUGUCCUACACGGAGGACAUGGCGCAUAAAAUGCUGAAAUCCGGAGACUGUUCACCUGAAGAUCUCUGCUUUUCCCUGCAGGAGACCCUCUUCUCCAUGCUGGUGGAGAUUACAGAACGGGCUAUGGCUCACUGCGGCUCACAGGAAGUGCUAAUUGUGGGCGGAGUUGGAUGUAACAUACGGUUGCAAGAGAUGAUGGAAGUAAUGUGCAAGGAACGAGGUGCCAAGCUUUUUGCAACAGAUGAGAGGUUCUGUAUUGAUAAUGGUGCUAUGAUUGCCCAAGCAGGGUGGGAGAUGUUUCGAUCAGGUCAAGUCACCCCUCUGCAAGACUCAUGGAUAACUCAACGAUACCGGACUGAUGAAGUGGAGGUAACGUGGAGAGAUUGAGAACAACUCACCUGGAAAGUGCUGGAAUGGUGUUUCUUGCCAUGUCAACCAAGCGUUUGUAUUGUUUUUUUCAGGAGACCUAGGGGGUGAUUCAGGUUUGUUAGCAAACCAGAAAACUAGCAAUUGGAUAAAACCAUGUUGCACUGCAGGUGGGGCAGAUGUAACAUGUGCAGAGAGUUAGAUUUGGGUGGGUUAUAUUGUUUCUGUGCAUGGUAAAUACUGGCUGCUUAAUAUCUACACUGCAAUUUAAAUUUCAGUUUGAACACACCCCACCCAAAUCUAACUCUCUCUGCACAUGUUACAUCUGCCCCACCUGCAGUGCACAUGGUUUUGCUCAAUUGCUAACAAACCUGAAUAAGGCCCCUUAUACUGUAAGUCUGCACCCUCAUCACAGUGAAGUCACUUUAGACCAGGCAAUUAAUCUGAUUUUACAUUUCUUAAUAAAAGACCAUAAAGCAA